GUCUGGUUUCUCGAUACAACUGUUGGUGCGUUAUCCUCAUUGACGAUCGUAUGCAUUCGGUGAAAUUUGGGAUCCAGCUGGAAUGUUCUGCGUCCGCAUCCGGUGUAGAAUUGCUACUCCUUCUGUUGCGCGUUCAACUAUCCCGUUUGCAGCUAGACUGCGCUGUAAUCUUUUACCUCUCCAUUUACUUACGUCGGCGUAUAUAUGCACAACUGCAGAAUGCCAUUUGCUGCUUUUGCGUCUCCAGAUGAUUUCCCGUUAUAAAAACUUUUGCAGAUUCAUCUUUUUUUAUAAUGGCUAAAUAACAGCUAAUUAUCGAAACUGGUGUUAUGCUAUACGGAAAUAUUUAUACCUGACAUUGCCUGCGAAUGAUUAUCUCCUGCGCGUUUAAAAGAAAAAUUAUGGAAGUUGAAGAAUAUUUGCAAUCUCGCGAUCUGAUAAUUAUUUUGACAACCGUACGACAUCGCUGUCGGUCAGUUAAUCCAGAAAAAUUAUCAUACCUUGUCAGCUAAAUGAUAUCACUCAAAAAAUAAUCGAAGAAGAAAUUCGGAUUAUAUUUUUAUGGCUUUGAUUGUCUUCGGCAUUUCCCGAACCAAAACCAAAUUUAAGCCUGAUGGUUAAGGAAAAACUGAACACCGUUCCGGCGUUGUACCAAAUGCGGUUAUUCUGCAAGGUACAUCCAUGUACUUCAUGGCGCUGGGAGGUAACGAAUGGUUUACUACAUUAGAUAAAAGGCCUGCGGACCGUUCUCAAGGCGACAUCGCGCAAAUCCUGAUACAACUCCAGCAGGAAGCACAUCCAUUGCAGCGCCUACAUCCUCGCCUCCUGCAGUAUUUAAGCCAGUAUGGAAUAUACGAAGCCGUGGAGAAGAACAUUACAUUAUUUAGACAAGGAGAAUACACCAAAAAUUGGUACGCGGUAUUAGAAGGCCGUUUGCGUGUAAUCAAAGGUGGCCAGAAUUAUGUUGUUGGAAGAGGAUCUGUUUUUGAAGAGAUUACGGGAUACGACAACAUACGCAAAUUAACUGUCGUUACCAAAGACUUUUGUCAGCUGAUUCGCUUAGAAAGCAAACACAUGAAAAUGUUUUGCAAGAGCCAUCCAUACCAGCUCAAAGAUGUCGUUGAGACAACUGGGCUGGAUCUGGACCAAAUUGAACGUCCGUCCGAUACCGAAGAGAUACUGGCACCACCGCGCAUUACCGUUGAUCAUCUUGACCGGAACAAUCAGGAUGCCAUUGGUGACAAUCAGGACAAUGCCGGAAACGAAAAUCACGAAGAUGGAGUAGAUACUGGCCUUCUGGAUGAGGAGCCGGUCAAGCCUCGUUGGCCCCCUCUAACGGAAGCGCAGUCUGCUUUGCUGUUGACAUCCUUGAUGGAUUCCUAUCCCGACUAUGUCAGCCAAAAACUUGGGAGGAAGCAUUGUGUCACAGCGGAACAUCUGAUGCAUUACAUAGCGGAAGUAACCCAAAGCCAGUCAACAAAAGAAACCUUAGGGAUCUGCCAAGUAUUGCUGGAAGAUGGUGUGAUCAAGCCACUGGAUCGAAAGACAGAGUUUGCUGAUUUUCAAACAGAAGCAAAUUUUGUUUAUUUCUUCGACAAAGUUUCGCCUCUGGAUGAAAUCGAUGAAGAUGAGUUGCAGUCGUUGUUGGAUGAUCUGAUUCGUCGUGGCAAUGAUGCUUUAUUCCGUAUGAUGUUGAGGCGACAGCCUGGUAGCCGGUCGGAACAAGAGCUCGGGUUUAUCUUUAAUGAGUUGGUUCAUAUAAAAGCCCUGGCACAAACAUCCACAUCGAUUAAGCGAGAAUUAGCCAAAGUUGUUCUUCUGGAGUCGCAUUCUUCAGCUGGCACUGUGUUGUUCAAUCAGGGAGACGAAGGAACGUCGUGGUAUAUUAUCCUUAAAGGAUCUGUCAAUGUGGUCAUUUACGGGAAGGGGGUUGUCUGCACACUACAUGAGGGCGACGAUUUCGGGAAACUGGCGCUGAUUAAUGAUGCUCCACGGGCCGCAUCGAUUAUUCUCAGGGAGCCCUGCCAUUUUUUGCGCGUCGAUAAGGAGGAUUUUAAUCGCAUUCUAAGAGAUGUGGAAGCGAACACUGUCCGGCUGAAAGAGCACGGCAAGGACGUACUGAUCCUGGAAAAAAUACCGUCCAAAAGCAAGAAAGAAAAAUCCGUCCGCUAUUCGGUAAUGGCCGGUACGGCUGAGCAAACCCUGGAGUACAUGCUGGAUACGCGCACCUUCGAAAACGAAACAGAAGAGGAGCACGUGCCGGGAAGGGAUGACUUGUUAGAAGAUUAUUUAUUGACGCAUACAAUGUUCAUCAGUGUCGAAGAUUUAUGUGCGUGUCUUCUGCGCUACUACAACAGCCGACCACGUCAAACGAAUUCAAGCGAUGCAAGCGCUGUGAAAAACCGCAUGAGUCUCAACAAGCGUCAAGUUAUACAGUUCGUCAAUUUCUGGAAUCAGGUUGACCGCGAAGUGAUGUUCCAGUCAGUGACAGUUAGAGAUUUCUUAAAGACCCUGUGCGAAGCGGUUGAUAAAGAUAGCCACCAAUACAAUCUCGACAAAGCGUGGAAUGUUAUGGAAGAUAUUUUGGAUAACUGCACUAAAUAUGUAGAAGGGCUCAAUCAGAAUAGUAAGCUCAACAUAUCCUCGGAUGGCACCAAGUCGUCCGAAGAUAAUCUCCGUCCAAUCCGUCCAUCCGAUGAAAGUGUCAUCAAAGUGUACAAUGCUGACGCCACGUACAGCACCGUCCGCGUAUCCGCCGACAUGCGCGCUUCUGUGGUCCUGAAAGCUGCUGCCAAGAAAUUACAGAUUGAGGGCAAUGUCGUUCUCGUCGAAAUGAAGUCCAACGGAGAGUAUAGCCUGUUUAAAGAUGAAGAAAUGAGUGUGGAAACUAAACUGAGUGUUAACGGACGAUUAUUUUGUGUCCCCAAAGAAAGUUUGGCUCAAUUGAAUCCCUUGCCCGAACAACAAGGUCCCAAUGAACCAACCGGAAAGCUGCUUGAAACUGUGACCUCGAAAGAAUUAGCCUACCAUUGUACUCUGUACGAUUGGCAGCUGUUUAGGAAUAUCCAUGAAACGGAACUGAUCAAUCACAUUCUGGGCCGAUCAACCGGUAUUACGAGCAAUCUGGACCGGCUGCUGGUACGCUUCAACCAGAUCCAGUUCUGGGUAUCCAGCGAAAUGUGCUUAACGUCCAGCCAAAGCAAGCGCGUUCAUCUGCUUAAAAAGUUUAUCAAAGCAGCGGCACAUUGCAAGGAGUAUUUCAAUUUGUUCGCGUUCAGUGCCAUAGUCAUGGGUUUGACAAACACAGCGGUGUCGAGGCUGAAAGGCACUUGGGAGAAGUUGCCAUCCAAAUUUGCAAAAAUCUUCAAAGAUUUCGAAGAAAUCAUCGAUCCAAGUCGCAAUCAUCGGGCUAGCCGAAUGCUUUUGAGUAACUGCCUUGAUGAACGACGUAAAAAUACUACUACUGAUCCUGCUCCGGUCAUCCCCUUCAUGCCUCUGAUUAUGAAAGAUCUCACAUUUACACACGAAGGAAACAAAACCCUACUUGAUGAUCUCGUUAACUUUGAAAAAAUGCAUAUGAUUGCUGAAUGUUUGCGGCAAAUACGGAAUUGCAUGACUGGAGAAAUGGAGAUUGUUUUACCGUCGUCAGAGAAGCCGGUUACUGAAUUUAAUGUGCAAAAUUACAUCAGAAACCUCAAAGUUAUCGACAACCAAAGACGCCUCAUGCAGCUUUCGUACAAAAGGGAACAAAAGAAGUAUUAGAAAUAUCUUUAAAAUAAGCGGCUUUGUAGCAAAUGCCUUCCUGUGAGUGGAAAUUGUCGUUUUUCUUUAUAUUUUGGAUAAUUUUGGACUGGAAACACUUCAACAUUUUAAAUUUGUAUUUUUUGAUUGUCUUUUUGUUCACUCAUGCCGUCCAAUGACGUUUUCUCUCUGAGUUUUCGAUCCCAGUGUGCAUUUCGGGCUAAUUUAAAGCAAAGACUGAAUGGCUUAAUUUUCUAUAUGGACAAAUAGGUACAUCGUAAUUCGUACAAUUUUUAC